AUGGCUUCUAUUACUACAUUGGUUGAGGAAACGCCAUUUGCGCAUGUGGUUGACAGUAACUUUGCAGAUAGAGUUUGCGCCUAUUGUAUGAUACCGGUAUGGGAAAGAGUUAAUGUGACACAGUUGAGUCGUUGUGCUCGUUGUAAGUUCACCCAUUACUGUAAUAUGAAGUGUCAAAAGAAAGAUUGGCGUAUUCAUAAGGUAGAAUGCUCAUAUUUGUCACGUGUAGCGCCACGCGUUCCGGAAGCAUUAUCUCGAUUAUUAGGUCGGAUAAUCACGACAUUACGACACUGUGGUGAUAAAAAUCCUGCUUUUAAUGGACGUAUUUUUUCUUCCUUAGAAAGUCAUAUUCUUGAUAUCGAAAGAAAUGAGGAAAAGAGGAAUGGAUUUAUGUCUAUUGCAUAUGUCAUAAAAGAUUAUCUUCCAUCAGACGAGAUGCCUUCCAGCACCGAAAUAUUCAAUAUUUUUUGUAGAAUUAUAAUCAAUACAAUGGUAAUCACCGACUCAUGUUUAACUAGGACUGGUAUUGGAGUUUAUCUAGGACUUUCAGCUUUGGAUCAUAGUUGUAAACCAGAUGCAUUCGUCAUUUUCAGUGGUACGAAAGCAAUUUUAAGAUCGUUGAAUAAAAAUAUAAAAGAAUACAACAAUAACCUACGCAUUCCGUACUGUGAUCUGUUAGAGCUUACAUCUACACGAUGUAAGUACCUGCAACUGCAGCACAAUUUUAUAUGUAAUUGUGAAAUUUGUCAAAACGUUGAAUUGGAUCGACAAAAAUACUCUCUACGAUGUUCCGAAUGCACAGAUGGUUUUUGCCCAUAUAGUCCUGAUGAUGAACAGGCAGAAACGCGGUGUAAAGUUUGUGGCGAAAUAUCAGUUUUCAAUUUUGAUCAUUUGCAAAAAUUGUAUCAACAGCUGACAAUUGAUGGAUCAACAGAAAAGGACUUAAAUGAGCUAAUAGAUUUAUAUCACAAAUCUGAAGAAGUUUUCUCACCAUACAACGUCCUUCUUUGCAAAUUUGCGGAAAAGAUUAUGAUCUCAGCAAUGAAACAUCAUAAAUACGAUGAAGCAGCUAAGUAUGCCGAGAAAACCCUCAUUUGCUACAGGACAUUUUAUCCAAAAGGUCUUCCUCCACUUCCUGCGCGCAUGCUUGAAUAUGCAAAGUUGUUGAUGUUGCAACAAGAUGAGGCAGCUUUUCCCAUACUACGAGAGGCUUUGAAGAUGAUACGCGAAAGUUAUGGUUCUGAAAGUAAUUUUGCACUUACUACUGCCAAAUUGCUGGAUGACUUAAGAAAAAAUUUGUCUGUUACUUCGUUGUAA